GAGGAGGGAUCUCUCCAGGGACUCGCAGUUGUCCUUGAUGCUCGUCCAGUCCUUGUAUUUCUCCUCGAUCAGCGCCAUCGCCUUCCCCAUGGCGACCUUCGCGAAUGCCGUCGCCGCGGCUUUCUCCAUUGAUGCUGUCCGUGGGCGGCAGCGAGUGCCUGGCUUUGGUGGGUCGGGAAAUCAAGGGGAUUGCCGAUGGAGCCAAGAGACAAGGGAUGGGGGAAAUGGAGGCUUGGACCAGUGCUUCCCAGGGGGCCAUGCGCUCUCUUCCCAUGAAGCUCCAGUGGUUGCUGUCACGCCACUAUGGUCUGCAAGGGGCAGGGCGAAACGAGAUCAACAUCCUGAAAGACGAUCUACAGCAACUGCUAAACAAUUAUUGCAUAGAGCCAUCCGAGGUAGUUGCCCCUGCCUCAAUGGCCGACUGCUGGGCUGACGAGGUGCGCGAACUGUCAUACGAUAUCGACGACUUCAUCGACGAUCUCGUCCAUGGCGCCGGCAGCAUCAAGAAGCUGAAACCGCGGGAGAGUGUCACCGUUGCCAAUGAGAUCUUGGGAUUCAGGGCUCGUGUGGCGCAAGUGAUUCGAUGGCACGAUUGCUAUCUUGCAAACUGUGAGAUGCAGCCUAGCAGCAGUAGCAGAAGUACUUUGGGUAACUGGCCGCCCCCGCCUCCACGCCGACAACAACAUCGCCUUGUUGGUAUGCACAAGAGCUCCAUUAGAGAGAUCCACAGGUUGCUAGCUAAUAAUGGAAAGCCAGAACGGAAGGUGGUGUCCAUUGUUGGGGUUUCCGGGGUCGGUAAAACCACCCUUGCCAGAGAGCUGUACCGUCAGCUCCGACAGCAAUACCAGUGCAAGGCUUUUGUGCAGGCUUCUCGAAAGCCUGACGUGAGGAGGCUCCUCACCAGCAUACUGUCGCAAGUUCGACAGGAUCAGCUACACAGCAAUUGGAAGCUGCAAAAAAUUGUAGAUGAGCUGAAUGCGUACCUAAAAGAUAAGACGUAUUUCAUCAUAAUUGAUGAUUUGUUGUCACCAUCAAUGUGGAAUCUUGUUAACCGUGCUUUGCCAAAGGAUGGUUGCUGCAGUAGAAUACUGGCUACGACCGAAGUUGACGUUGUAGCUCAAAUAUGCUGUGCUGGUAACUCCAAGUACAUAUACAAGAAGGAACUUCUCAGUGAAGAUGAGUCGAGACAAUUAUUUUCCAGCACACUACUUGGCCGUCAAUCCGAAAUUCCUGAACACCUCAAUAAUGUUUUAUAUGAAAUCAUAAAUAGGUGUGGUGGUCUGCCGCUAGCUGUUAUUGCCACGGCCAGUAUUUUAGCAUGCCAGCCAGUCAGCAUAGAACAAUGCAAUUACUUAAGGAAUUCGCUGGAUUUGGGUCUGAUCACAGAUCCUAAUUUGGAAGGGGUGAAACAAGUCCUGAACCUCGGUUACAACAGCCUUCCUCACUGUUUGAAAGGAUGCAUGCUAUAUCUGAGUCUUUAUGAGGAGGACUGUAUAAUCUGGAAGGAUGAUUUAAUGAAGCAGUGGAUAGCUGAAGGUUUUAUCUGUGCAGGGGAAGGGGAUACCAGCAGGGAGGAGACUGCAGGGAGCUAUUUUGACGAGCUUGUUAACAGGGGAAUGAUCCAACCUGAAGAUAUCAACUGCAAUGAUGAAGUGUUGUCCUGUACAGUGCACCGCAUGGUACAUCAGUUUAUUAGAGACAAGUCCAUAGAAAAGAAUUUCAGCAUUGCCAUAGAUGAUUCCCAGACCUCUAUAAGACAUGCUGAAAAGGUCCGUAGGUUGGGUCUCAACUUCAGCAAUGCGGAAGAUGCAACACUGACGGCGACUCUGAGACUGUCGCGAGUCCGAUCACUUGCCUUUUCUGGAUUGCUCAAGUGCAUGCCUUCUAUUGUGAAGUUUCGGUUUCUUCAGGUUCUGAUCCUUAAAUUACUAUUUGAACCUGUUGACAUGAGUGACAACCUCACUGAACCUGAUGGUGUGAGUUUCAACCUCACUGGAAUUUUGGCACUGUUUCGACUGAAAUAUUUGAGUAUUGGUGUGUCUCAAUCUCAUGUGACUGUGGAGCUUCCAACCCAGAUGCAACAGCUAAAAGAAUUGGUGGCCUUGGAAAUUCAAGCAAAACUAACUGCAGCACUUCCAUCAGAUACUUUCGAUCUGCCAGCCGGUUUGUUGUACCUCCGUCUUCCUAGCGAAACUCCUCUGCCUGACAGCAUUCGCUGGAUGAGAUCUCUUCGCACUCUGGGGUAUCUCGAUCUGAGCAUGAACUCAAGAUGCAAUCUGAUGAACAUUUGCAACCUGACCAAUCUUCAGGAGCUUCAUCUCACCUGUUCUACGGUGCAAUCUGGCAAUCUGGAGGACAAAAUGCGACUCCUUGGCUCAGCCCUGGUGGAGCUAAGAAACCUGAAAUGUUUAACUCUGGCACCUGCUGCAGGAUCCUCUCGUGUUGAUAGUCCUAAUGCCGCUGUUGCUUCAAGCAUUAGAAUUUCUUUUGAUGUUUUCACCUUUCUAUCCCCUCCCGCACUUAUUGAGAGACUCGACUUAUCUCGGCGCUGUUGCAUCUUCUCGAGCUUACCUGACUGGACCAAUAAACUUGCUAAGCUCUGUAUUUUGAAGAUUGCAGUUGGGAAGCUGCUGACACAUGACAUUGAUGUUCUUGGAGGAUUUCUUUCACUCACUGCUCUCUCGCUGUAUAUCGAGGCAGCGCCUGCAGAAAUGAUCUUCUUCGGAAAGGCAGGUUUCUCAGUUCUUAGAUACUUCAAGUUCAGGUGCAGAGGCAGAGUACCUUUCGUGAAAUUUGAGGCAGGUGCAAUGCCCAAGCUUCAGAAGCUCAAGCUAGGUUUCAAUGCCCCUGCUGUGGACCAACAUAGUGCAGCACCUAUCAACAUCGAGCAUUUGUCAAGCCUAGUAGAGAUCUCCGCAAAAAUUAGGGGAGCAGGUACUGAUGCAGAGUCUGCCUUGACAACUGCAGUUAACAAUCAUCUAAGCAAUCCUAGUAUCGACGUAGAUUUGGUGGAUUGCGUCAUUUAUGGCGAGGAAGGUAUAAUUAUGGGCAAAAAAGGGGAAGAACACAUGGCUCCAGACCAACAAGAUGCCAUCGUGGAGGUAGAAAACCAAGAUGAAUGCAACACUCAAGUCGAGAACAAAGGGGGAGAUAAGAACACCAGGUACGAACUUUCCUUCAAAAAGGAGGAGUUUGUGUUCUCUUCUUCUUCUUUUGAAAUUAUCAAUGAUUAUGGCGAGGAAGGUAUAAUUAUGGGCAAAAAAGGGGAAGAACACAUGGCUCCAGACCAACAAGAUGCCAUCGUGGAGGUAGAAAACCAAGAUGAAUGCAACACUCAAGUCGAGAACAAAGGGGGAGAUAAGAACACCAGAUUGGGAUUGGAUAUGCUCCUCGAUCGUAAAAUCAGGAUGGCCGAUACAUUGACGACGGUUCUCGAGCUUGGGUCGAAGAUCAAGGAGGUGGUGGAUAAGGUGAGGCACAACAAGCAUGAUUGCCGUAGGACUGGAUCGCUUGUGGAGAGACUAUGUGCCAUUCUGGCACCGUUGGAGGAGGAAGUUAUCAGGGGGGCGGAGAUGAGCGCUGCCCUCGACGCACUCGAAGAGCACCUGGGCCGGGCUCUUGAACUCAUUUCUUCCUGCAAGGAGAGGCGUACCGUCGCCAGGCAACCCUUCAGGCUCAGGAAAAUUUCCAGACAGUUGCAGGAAGUCAACAGGGAUAUCAUCGAUCAGAUGGUGGUCAUCACCCUUGCUUCAGAAAAUAAUGUUGUCGUUCCUAUUAGACAUUUUCAAGAUGGUGCUCGUAUGUCUCCUCCAGAGGCAGUCAAAGAGAAGCUGGGGUCAUUUUCUAGUCAUUCAGACCCUGAACUGAUGACUGAAGAAAGAGUUGUUGACGACAUUGAAUCAGUAGGGGUUUCAGAAACAACUGAGCCCAAGCAAGCUGCUAAUUCCUUUGCCAGCUUUAGUAGAUACGGCUCUGGAGGUACUAAAGUGUUGCCCAAAAGAAGGCAUCAAUUUAGGUGGCCUUCUUGGUGGGCUCAGAAGGAGACAACUAGCUUGGUUGACAGGCUCAUUGGUCAUGAAGGAAUAGCAGGAUUUACAAUAUUCAGUUUCUCUCAGCUGGCUGCAUCGACAAAUGAUUUCUCGCAUGGCAACAAAAUUGGAAGGGGUGGUUAUGGUUCUGUUUACAAGGCUUGGGGUUCCCCUACCUGGUUUUACGAAGCCCGGCCUGGCCCGACGAAUGCUCAGGGCCAAUUGCCAAGUGGUCUAGAUGUUGCAAUAAAAAUUAAUGACAAGUACACAUCUCAUAGACCUGAUUUUGAAAAUGAAGUGCGAAUUACCUCAAAACUCCAGCAUGCAAAUAUCAUUAAACUUCUGGGAUGCUGCAUGGAAGGAGACAAGAAGAUAUUAGUCUACGAAUAUAUGCCAAAUGGAAGUUUGGACUGUCUAAUUGAGGAGGGAAAAGGUCUCCAGAUCAAUUGGCCUAUAUGGUUUGGCAUAGUUAAAGGGGUAGCUCAAGGUGUAGUCUAUCUACACCAGCACUCCCGACUACGCGUAAUUCAUGGGGAUCUGAAACCAAGCAAUGUUUUCUUGGAUUGUCAUAUGACUCCUAGGAUUGCUGAUUUUGGCAUUUCUGAAGUAUUAAGUUCAGGUUUAGAUGAAAAAGAGACAUCUCAUGUGUCAGGAACUCUCGGUUAUCUUGAUCCUGAAUAUAUUAGCUCAGGCAUUAUCUCCACCAUGAGCGAUUUGUAUGCCUUUGGUGUCACUCUUCUCCGGAUAAUCAGUUUAAGACAGCCAUAUACAAAUUUUCUAGAGAGACGACAAAGCUUGGUUGUUCAUGCAUGGAAGUUAUGGUCAACUGGGAGAACAAUGGAGCUGAUACAACCAUUGUUGCAUGAUGAACCUGCAAUAAGUGAUAUACUCAGGUGCGUUCAGAUAGCGCUGUUGUGUGUUCAAGAGCAUCGGGAAGACAGGCCCACCAUGUCAGAGGUUCUCCACAUGCUGAACUGUGGGAGUGUCUCCUUACCUGUUCCCAAUCCUCCGAUGCAGCAAGUCAACGAGGAGUCUGCCCCGAAUUCCCCGGAGCAACAAGUGCAAUGUCUAACUAUGUGACAUCGUUAUCUUUAAGCUUGUUUUCUUCCUAGGAUUUUUUCUGGUGAUGUGUAAUUGACAACUUAAGCCGUCUUUCAUGCAAUCACGCGGCGCAAGAGAUAUGACGGUCUUAAUUAGCAUAAGAGAGAUGUGUAGCAGUAUUGAAAGUGCGAGUAUGGUCUAGUGCUUAAGACUGCAGGGCUCCUGUUUCUGCCAGAACAGAUUUGUAAAACAAGUUGUAACCUUCUAGAAGAGUGAUGUUUCUGUUAUGGGGGGUGGAGGCAGCUGAACAUGAAAGACUGGCCGGCUUGUUCAUGUUGCCAAGUGGGGGAAUUUCCCUUGGAAGUAUCCGACGUCCGUA